AUGGCCCCCACAGAGAGCAAGAAGCGCCUGGCUUUGGCCAUCAUUGACUUCCUUGGCUCCAGCCUCAAGGAUGGCACUCUGACCGCCGACGAUGCCGAGUCAAUCGAGAUCGCCCAGUCCUGUAUUGCCGAUACAUUCCAGGUUGACCCCACCGAUGAGGCCGCCGUUAAGGAGGCGCUCGGGGGACAGUCCCUCGCCAGCAUCUACAGCGUCUACGAGAAGUUGCGCAACAAGUCUACCCCUCAGGCCGACAGUGCUAGCGCCCAGGAGGAGAAGCCCAAGGCUGGUGCGCCCACCGCUGAGUCCGACAAGCUGAAGUCUGAGGGUAACGCCCUGAUGUCCCGCAAGGACUAUGCUGGUGCUGUUGAGCAGUACAGCAAGGCCCUGGAGAUCGCCCCCGGCAACCCUAUCUACCUUUCCAACCGCGCUGCUGCCUACUCCGCCUCUAACCAGCACGAGAAGGCCGCCGAGGAUGCCGAGCUCGCUGUUGCCGUCGACCCCAAGUACUCCAAGGCCUGGAGCCGUCUGGGUCUCGCCCGUUUCGAUAUGGGUGACUACCAUGCCGCUAAGGAGGCUUACGAGAAGGGUAUUGAGGCUGAGGGCAACGGUGGCAGUGAUGCCAUGAAGCGUGGUCUUGAGACCUCAUCGCGCAAGAUUGAGGAGGCCAGCCGUGCCCCUGAGCCCCCCUCUGAGGAGCUGGACACUGCUCCUGGUGCCUCUCGUGGUGCCGGUGGUAUGCCCGACCUGUCGGCUCUUGCCGGUAUGAUGGGUGGUGGUGGCGGUGGUGGUAUGCCUGACUUGGGUUCUUUGAUGAGCAACCCUAUGUUUUCUAGCAUGGCUCAAAACCUUAUGAGCAACCCCGAUAUGCUGGGCAACCUGAUGAACAACCCUCGUCUUCGCCAGAUGGCUGAGAACUUUGGCCAGGGCGGCGGUAUGCCCGAUAUGUCUAGCCUGAUGAGCGACCCCAACCUUGCUGAGAUGGCUCGUAACAUGAUGGGUGGCGGUGGCGGUGCUGGACGCGGUCAACAGUAA